AUGAAUGGCAGCAUGAAUGGCGGCUCAGGCCGUCAUGAGCCCUCGACCGCAGGGCCAUUGAACAUUGUGAUCAGUGGAGCUGGGAUAGGCGGCUUGUUCGCUGCCAUUUCACUUCGGCGCGCAGGGCACCAAGUCACGAUCUUGGAACGGUCGAGUUUCUCCCAAGAAUUCGGUGCCGCCGUUCAUCUGGCACCCAACUCUAACGGCCUCCUUCGCCGUGUUGGUAUCUAUGCUGAAGAAUUUGGUGCCAAUCCAAGUCUCAAGUUCGUCGAGUACAAGCACACUGGCGAGCAUGUCAGGACGAUACCCAACGCUGGGCCACUCUUUCAGCAUCCCUGGCUGCUGGCGCACCGAGUACGGUUGCACGAUAGAUUGAAGAAGCUCGCUACCUCCGAAACCGGAGAAGGAACGCCAGUCAAGUUGAUACUGGCGACUAAGGUUGAAAGCAUAGACGCUGCGAACGCAACCGUUACGACCAAAAGUGGCGAAACUUUCCAAGGUGAUUUGAUUGUAGGAGCAGAUGGAGUGCACUCAUCAGCGCGUCGAAGUAUCCCUGGUGGGGAGAAUGUGAAGGCGUUCGAUUCGGGGAAGUCAGCAUUCAGAUUCAUAAUUCCGGCGAACAGGGCGCGAGAAAAUCCCUUGACACAAGCGUAUGUGCAAGCACCCGGAGAACUCACCAUGUGGAUCAGUCAUGACAGAAGAGUGGUGAUGUACCCAACGAAUGAUAACGAGGAGCUGAACUUUGUGUGUAUCCAUCCGUCUGGUGAAACCAAUGCCAGUGGGGACUGGAAUAACGACACAAGUCUUGAGAGCAUGUUGAAGGUGUUUGAGAGCUUCGGCGACGGUGUAAAAGCGCUUCUGGGAAUGGCGGAUCCCGCGACAUUGAGAGUCUGGAAUCUUUUGGACAUGAAGAAAUUACCAAGUUUUGUGGAGGGCAGAUUGGCCUUGAUCGGGGAUGCGGCACAUCCAUUUACACCGCACCAAGGUCAAGGCGCUGGUAUGGCGAUUGAGGAUGGGGCUAGUUUGGCUGUCAUGCUACCCCUGGGGACUCGACGAGACGAGAUACCGGAGAGGCUGGGACUGUACAACCAAGCGCGGUACGAUCGAGCCCACAUGAUCCAACACUUCAGCCGUAUCGUCGGCCAGGAUGAAAAAGACCGCACUGAAGCCCUCGACAUGUUCAAAUUCACCUUUACCAAUUUCUGUCACGAUGAGCAUGACCACUCUUCUCAGCUACUCAGGGAAUACGAGUGGAGCAAAUCUCCACAGGUGUACUGGCGGCAGCCAAUUGCUUUUGGACCCAUGCCUGGUCCGCGACAAGACAUUAACGGUAUAACACGAAAGGCUGACCAUUCAACAUACAUUACCGCCAGCAUCAGAUUCAAGACAAGCAGGACGCUGCUCCAGAACCUGUUUCCGCACGGCAAGGAACGGAGGCGUGGAUGGAGUUUCACCUCACCGGGCAGCGUUGCAUACGCAAGCUUCAGCCAGACGACGCUGAACAGAAUGGACUGGCUAGGAGGCGGAGGGUACAACCACCUAGGACUAUAUAUCCACGGGGUGCAGUACACGAAGAAGGAUGGCAGUAUCGUGAGAGGUGCAUACCUGCCGAUCUUAUUCGAGAAUUUGACGGACCCUAUCCUCAGCGGGCGGGAAGAGCUCGGCAUGCCGAAACUGUACUCGUCCAUUGAGGUGCAUCGCCGCGGGGAGUCUUCGUAUUUCAUCAACACGGCCUGGCAGGGCGCGACUUGGGGUCGCUUCCGACUGACCGGUCUACGCGAGGCAGAUGCUGGUCAGAAUAGCAACGGAGCCUCUCACGCAGCGGCGGCGUCAAUCUCGUCAGCACCUGCAUCUGGCCCUCCCCCUGGUCAAGGCCCACCUCGUGGGCCGCCAGGCGGCGGCCCAGACGAAGGCAUUCUCUCGUACCGCUACAUGCCAAGCGUGGGAUCAUCGCAGAAAGGCACCGCCGCUGAAGAAUACCCAGUAUAUGUACCGUUCAGCGAGGAAAGGCCUAUACCGCGCGUGAACCGGACUUGGAUCGCCUCAUCCGCCAGCUUCGACAUUGAUGCGAUGGACCGCGACGCGCUGCCGACGUUGCAUCAUGUCAUUGAAAGGCUUGCGGAGAUCCCCGUCUACGAUAUCGUCGAGGCCAAGGUCGUGGAGGGCACGGGUGUGCCGGAUGUGGCGGCUGCGAGUAGAGUUGACUAG